AUAAAGUUAUGGGAAGAAAAAUCCGAGGAGAACAUAAUUCCUCUUUUCUAUAAAAACCUAAAAAUCGGCAACCACUGCUUUUCAGCUUAUCUCCCUCCAACCUCGAAACGUGCACUCUCUUAUGCAUUAAUAUUGUCAGUGUUAAGAAUCCAAAACCUGCGUGCGUCUGCUCCUUUCCUUUUGAGAUACUCUUACAUAUUCUCCUGUUUUUUCCUCAUUUUUUAUGUUGUCGACCUUUUUGGCUUUAACAAAAGAUCAAGAACCAAAAGUUUUGCGAGUGGAAAGAAGCUUUCUAAGGAACAAAAGAAGAAUAAAAAAUGAGGUCGAAGUGCAUGUUGAUGAUGCCGUUUACAUUACUACACUUUGUAUCGGUUGUGGUGUUUGUUUUGGGAGAGAGAAUGAUUACGAAAGGGGAAAAUACGCAGAAAUAUGGAGGCAGUUUCCUUAGCAAAGCUAUAAACUUCUUAUGGCAAUCGGGGGAAUCAGGUUAUCAACACGUUUGGCCAGAGAUAGAAUUUGGAUGGCGAAUUAUUUUAGGUACUAUAAUAGGAUUUUUUGGAGCAGCAUUUGGAAGUGUAGGAGGUGUUGGUGGUGGCGGCAUAUUCGUUCCUAUGCUUAGCCUUGUUAUUGGCUUUGAUGCAAAAUCCUCCACAGCUCUGUCCAAAUGUAUGAUCAUGGGUGCAGCUUUGUCAACUGUUUACUAUAAUCUUAAUCUAAGGCACCCCACAUUGGAUUUGCCCAUCAUCGACUAUGAUUUGGCACUGCUCAUUCAACCAAUGCUUAUGCUUGGCAUCAGUAUAGGAGUGGUCUUCAAUGUGGUAGUUGCUGAUUGGAUGGUUACCAUGCUGCUUAUAAUUCUCUUUUUAGGUACAUCUGCAAAGGCAUUCUCUAAGGGUGUUGAAACAUGGAAAAAGGAAACCAUAGUGAAAGAGGAAAAUGCUAGGAAAGAAGACUCAAAUGGUUUUGGGACUGAAGUAGAAUACAGACCAAUUCCUAAUGAACCAGAUAAUGAUAUUGCGAAAGAAACGAAAAGAGAAGAGGUUAAUAUAAUUGAAAAUGUGUACUGGAAGGAGUUUGGACUUCUCGUUUUAGUUUGGGUCGCGUUCCUUGCAAUACAGAUUGCCAUGAGCCAAACAACCAAAUGUUCUACAAUAUAUUGGGUAUUCAACAUCUUGCAGAUUCCAGUUUCAGUUGGGGUAGCUGGAUAUGAAGCAGUUUCCUUGUAUAAAGGAAGGAGAGCAAUUUCUUCUGUGGGAGAUCAGGGCAAAAGUUUUACUAUUCCGCAAUUAGCUCUAUACUCUUUCUUUGGAAUAUCGGCUGGAAUUGUCGGUGGCUUGUUGGGAAUAGGUGGAGGAUUCGUUAUGGGGCCUCUCUUUUUGGAGCUCGGAGUCCCACCUCAGGUUGCAAGUGCCACAGCCACCUUUGCCAUGGUCUUUUCCUCAUCUAUGUCCGUUGUAGAAUACUAUCUCCUGAAACGUUUUCCAGUUCCUUAUGCCCUGUACUUUAUUGUAGUAGCUGCUGUUUCAGCCAUUGUAGGGCAGCAUAUUGUAAGAAAGUUGAUCGAUCUACUUGGGAGAGCUUCUCUUAUAAUAUUUGUUCUAGCCUUCACAAUAUUUGUUAGUGCUGUUUCACUAGGUGGAGUUGGCAUUGCAGCAAUGGUCAAGAAGAUUGAAAAUCAUGAAUAUAUGGGAUUUGAUGAUCUCUGCAAGUAUAAUUCAUAGCCCACUUCGUUAAAAUAUUUUGUGGUUCUUUUCAAGUUCCUAAUAAAGAGCCAACAAAACCUAUUUCUUCAAAAUUGACUUAUGGUAUGUCGGGAUUCAUUUGAAUUGGAAGCAAAACCUAUUUAUUUCUGCUU